AUGCAGCCUGGCCAUAUUUACAGCCCGCCAGCUGGCUCGGCACCGCUCAACAACGACCCCUACGCCAACCCAUCCCAGUACACCACCUACCCACCAGCAGGCCAGCCGCCCGGGUAUGGCCAACAGCCUCAGCAUCACGACCCCUUUGCCGACGGCCCUCCUGUCCCUCCUGUCCCCCAGCGUCCCCACACCCCGAGCUACAGCAGCUACAACCAACCACCCAGUCGCGUGGACUCUCACACCCCGUACAACCUCGGUGACACGGGUCUGACCUCGCCCCCUCCCCUCCACCCCAGCACCUCCAACGUCGACCUCUCGUACCCGCCCCGCCACCAUGAGAGCCCGUACCAGCCGCUUCACGAUGACAUGUACGACGACUCCCCCUUGUUGAACCACGUGCGCCCAGACCCCAGCUUCAACAUUGGCCCCCUCCCCACCGCCUACCAGUUGAGCGACAGUGGCGCAGCUCCUCCUCCUGGUGGCCCCGGCGGCUCGCCCCGUCAACAACGCAUUCAGUUUGACCAGCCGUACGCUGAUGGUGGUCUGCGCGAGGACGGCCGCGACAACGCCAACAUGCACUAUGGCCCUCUCCCUGCGAGGAUGGUGCGCCGCAACAAGACCACCAAGCGUGUCCAGCUGUUCCGCGGCCACCUCGUGCUCGAGGUUGAUGUGCCGACCAAGCUUCUCGAGAAGUGCAGCCGCCGUGACGGCAAAGAGUUUACCAAGCUGCGUUACACGGCUGUUACAUGUGACCCCGACGAGUUUGUGGCCGACAAGUACGCCCUUCGCCAGCAGCUCUACGAGCCCGCGCGCAAGACCGAGCUCUUCAUCGUCAUCACCAUGUACAACGAGGACGACAUGCUGUUCUGUCGCACCAUGCGCGGUAUCAUGCAGAACAUUGCUCACCUGUGCACCCGCAGCCGCUCCAAGACCUGGGGUGAAGAGGGCUGGACAAAGGUCGUCGUCUGCAUCGUUGCCGACGGUCGUACGAAGAUCAACGACCGUACGCGUUCGGCCCUGGCCGCCCUCGGUGUCUACCAGGAAGGUGUCGCCAAGAACGUCGUCAACGGCAAGCCCGUGACGGCCCACGUCUACGAGUACACCACCCAGCUCGGUAUCAACUCCAAGGGCGACAUUGUCGCUGGCGGUGACAAGUAUGUCCCCAUCCAGCUCCUCUUCUGUCUCAAGGAGAAGAACCAGAAGAAGAUCAACUCGCACCGUUGGUUCUUCAACGCCUUUGGCGCCACCCUCGACCCCAACGUCUGUGUCCUUCUCGACGCGGGCACCCAGCCCGGUCCCACCUCGAUCUACCACGUCUGGAAGGCCUUUGACCUCAACUCGUCCGUCGGCGGCGCUUGUGGUGAGAUUGUCGCUCUCCCCGGCAGGUUCUGGAAGAACCUCCUCAACCCCCUCGUGGCCGCUCAGAACUUUGAGUACAAAAUGUCCAACAUUCUCGACAAGCAGUUCGAGUCCAUGUUUGGUUACAUUUCCGUCUUGCCAGGUGCCUUUUCGGCCUACCGCUACAUUGCCCUCCAGAACGACGCGACCGGCCAGGGUCCCCUGGAAAAGUACUUUUACGGCGAGAAGAUGCACGGCGCCGGUGCCGGUAUCUUCAAGGCCAACAUGUACCUUGCCGAAGACCGUAUUCUCUGUUGGGAGCUGGUGUCCAAGCGCGACAGCAAGUGGACUCUUCACUAUGUCAAGUCGGCCAAGGCCACCACCGAUGUGCCCACCGACGUUCCCGAGCUCGUGUCCCAGCGUCGUCGUUGGCUCAACGGUUCGUUCUUUGCCGCCGUCCACUCGAUCCUCCACUUCCACUACAUUUAUCGCUCCUCGCACUCCAUCUUCCGCAUGAUUGCUCUCCACAUUGAGCUCGUCUACCAAAUCUUCAACAACAUCUUCGCUUGGUUCGCCCUGGGCAACUACUACAUCACCUUUGUUGUUCUCUGUGACUCCAUGUCGACCGAUGGCGGCUCGUCAGUGUACAAGUACAUCUCCACAGUGUUGCACUACGUCUACCUCGCCUUGCUACUGGUGUGCUUCGUCCUGUCGCUCGGUAACCGUCCUGCAGGAUCAAAGGUCGGCUACACGAUUUCCAUGGUUGGGUUCGCCCUCAUCACCAUCUACAUGAUGUUUGCUGCCAUCCUCCUCGCGGUGAGGGGUAUCAAGGCGUUCACCGAGGACGGUCUCACCCUUGCCGACGCUGUCAGUCUGGACAAUGCGUCCAGCAAGCAGUUUACCAACAUUUUGAUCUCGCUCGUGGCCACCUACGGUAUCUAUGUCCUCGCCUGCACGUUUGCUCUCGACCCCUGGCACCUCCUCACAUCGUUCGUCCAGUACCUCCUCGUCGCCCCUUCAUACAUCAACGUUCUCAACGUGUACGCCUUCUCCAACGUGCACGAUGUCUCGUGGGGCACAAAGGGCUCAGACAAGGUCAGCGAGGACCUCGGUGUCGUCAAGUCGGACGGCAAGGGCGAGGAAGUCACCGUCGAAGUCCCCGUCGAGCAGCACGACAUCAACGCCGUGUACGAGGCAGAACUGCGCACUCUGGCCAUCAAGGUCGAGGAGGUCGCGUCACCCCCGAGCGCCGACCAGCAGCAGGAAGACUACUACAAGAACUUCCGUACCAACGUGCUUCUCGCAUGGACCCUGUCAAACGCCGGUCUCGCCAUGGCCAUUCUCAGCAUCACCAGCGGCGGAACCUCGAUCGCAGUCUACUACAUGAUCGGUAUCCUCUACUGUGUCGCUGCUCUUUCGUUCGUCCGCUUCAUCGGCGCCACGCUGUACCUCAUCAUCCGCCUGUUCAUGGGCGAGUAA